GUUAUGGGACAGGACAGUCUCACACAAUAUUACUCAACCAAUCUCCCUCUUAGUUUCUUCUAACAACUUGUCUGUAACUUCAAUGGGUGAAAUUACACCCAACACUUGGUUUCUCUUCUUCGUAUUCAUCUUCUCUCUGAGAUUCUUCAAUGGAGAAUGCUCUCAGUCCAGCCUAGGGAAGGACUCAUGGUUGGAAGAAAAAGACCAUGAAGUAAACAUGGUUCAAGGUCAGCCGACCUCCAUGAACAGCUGUGAUAUGACUGAGGGGAAAUGGGUUUAUGAUCAAUCGUACCCUCUUUAUGAUACAACAUGUCCUUAUCUUAGUAUUCCGGUGAGCUGCCGGAGAAAUGGUCGGCCGGAUUCUGACUAUGAGAAGUGGAAGUGGAAGCCUCAUGGAUGUUCAAUUCCCAGGUUUGAUGCAUUGGAUUUUCUUGCAAGGAUGAGAAGGAAAAGGAUAAUGCUGGUAGGAGAUUCCAUAAUGAGGAAUCAAUGGGAGUCUCUUGUGUGCCUUGUGGAAGCAGUUAUUCCUACUGAGCUGAAGACAGUUACCUAUAAUGGUCCAUCUAUGGCCUUCCAUGCCUUGGAUUUUGAGAUGUCAAUUGAGUUUUCUUGGGCUCCAUAUCUGGUUGAAAUGAAGGAAGGACCCCAAAACAAAAGAAUUCUGCACUUGGAUUUGAUUGAAGAGAAUGCAAAAUUCUGGAGAGGAGUUGAUAUUCUUGUGUUUGAUUCAGCUCACUGGUGGACACACUCUGGGAAAUGGAGCUCGGUGGACUUUUACAUGGAGGGAAACAGUAUGAUCACAAGCUUGAACCCAAUGGUUGCCUAUGAGAAGGGUCUAACUACAUGGGCUAGAUGGGUAGACUUAAACCUAGACCCCAAGCGAACCCGAGUCAUUUUUCGGAGCAUCUCGCCUAGGCAUAACAGAGAAAAUGGCUGGAAAUGCUACAAUCAGAGGGAGCCAUUGAGGAACUUCAAUCACCAACCUCAUGUUCCUGAACAAUUGCCAAUUCUAGAAGCAGUACUAGAGAGAAUGAGCUUCCCAGUCUACUUGCAUGAUAUCACAAGAAUGUCUGCAUUUCGAAGAGACGCCCAUCCAUCAGUAUACUCCAGGGCUUUGGAUGAGCAGCAGAGGCAGCACCCAACAGACUACACCUCUGACUGUAGCCACUGGUGCCUUCCUGGGGUACCUGAUAUAUGGAAUGAGAUGCUGAACGUAUUAAUCUAAUCUUGUACAAAGAAAGUAAAACAUAGCUAGGGUGGUUAGAAGAAUAACUUGUUCUGCCAAAUUAGGGUCUGUCUGUUGUUCAUGCCAACUAGAUGGAAGUACGGCUAAUUAGAUCAACUGAUCAAAAUAGGUGUUUAUCAGUGUCUUGAGUUUUGUACUAUGAGACUUCCUUAAAGAGCUCUCUGUAAUGAUGUUCUAAGAUGUGAUAUGAGUAUGAUGGCAAUAGUGCUUUCUUAUCUGUUGACCAUAUAUAGAAUUCAAUUAAAUUCUU